AUGUCUUUCCACGUUUCUGCCGAGAACAUCCGCGUCGACGACGGCCACAUCCUCCGCGCCGCCCUCCGCAACGAGAACGGCGACCUCAACGAGACCGAGAUCGACCUCAACAACUGCCUCGGCAACAACGACGGCCACUUUGAGUGGAACGGCAACGGCUACUCCAACUCCGCUGAGGAGAUCCACUUCUCCAUCGAGGGCGGCGACAACGUCCCCAUCCUCCGCGCCCGCCUCUUCAACCUCGGCGGCGAGGCCAUCGACGCCGACUGCAACCUGUCUGAGCGCAUCGGCAACGACAACGGCAACUUCGUCUUCAACUAA